AUGUGCGUGAACGUUUGGACGGCGGCAAGUGAUGGGGAUUUUGAGAGCAUCAAAUCGUUUCUGGCUAGUGGAGGUGACGUCAAUGCGAAGGAUGAAAAUGGAUACACGCCAUUGCAGGCAGCCGUAAGCUACAACCAUAUGGAACUGGUUAUAUUUCUUCUCGCGAGUGGUGCCGACGUCACACUUGGAGACAAUGAUUUAGACACGCCGUUGCAUCGAAGUGAAACGGUUGAGUGUGCGAAGCUACUUCUUGAACAUGGCGCGAACAUGAACGCACGCAACUCUGAGGGACAUACUCCGUUUGAUGUUGCCAUUGAGGAUGAACACGAGGAACUUAUGAAGUUCUAUGAGAACUUGGGUGCUGACAAGUCGGACAGGGUCUUUGAAGAUGACAAUGAACAUUUUCCAAACGGCGUUAGUCCCGAGAUGUAG